AUGGAAUGGAGCUCGCUGAGGGAUGAUGAGGAUACCGACUCGUUUGAAGGUGCUCUCAAGCUCAUGUUACAGUCCUUCUCCGGCGACCGGGCUUCUUUCUUCAAACCGGCGUGGGAAAGGCUCAACUGUCUAUGGAUAGAUCUCGUACUCCAGUUGGAAGAGAUAUUUAGCGUGAAAAUACAUCAUCCAAUGACAAAAUCGCUAGUCCUCCCAUCCAGCUUAAUUUACGCUUGGUGGGACUGCGACCUUCAAAGCGACACCUUCGUCGAUUUUUCUUUCCUCUGGAACUGGUUACAUCAGCACCGGCGGCACAUGUUGAACAUCGACGCAUCGGGGCAGCUUAAUUGGCUGCGAGACCGAAAGAGUGCAGUCGAAACAUUUCGUCGCCAGCCUUGGAGCUACUUCUACGAGGACAUUUGGGGCCAGUCAUUCUACUAUGUUGUCAGAUUAUCUGAUACGCCCAGACCUGGCAAGACACUCGCUUCCGAUCUUCGGUGGUUGCCAGCCUCGAUCGUACCGCCCCAUUAUCCAACGGGAAUGACAUUGCUGCAUUAUGCUGCAGCAGUCGGCAGCAGCACAGCUUGUCGAGCUUUGGAAUCUGAAGAUGCGAAGGCCCACGACAUUGACGGUCGCCUGCCCAUCUUCUAUGCCGCGCGUAACGGUCACCUCGAGGUCACGAGGCUCCUCGCUACUCGAUUAUGA